AUUCACAUAAUCUACAUUUGGAAAUAAAUUUGUUUGUAUAAACACCUACUAUAUUUUCCUGUUGGUUAAACUUCCUCUUUCACACUUUUCUAAAAGGAAGUUGCUAUUAGUGUUAUAUAAUGGGAGGCUGCCCCAUAAAAAGAUAAAUCUAAAGAUAGGUUUGUAGAGAUUAAUUAUUGGAUAAUAAUGCAGAAUAAAUUCUCAGGUCAGUUGAUUAACAUGAAUUAUUUUUAUGGUAUUACUUCCCUUUUUGUCUUUUUGUUUACAUUUUUCCUCUUUGCUCCCAUUUUUUGAAUACUUUAUACCCCAUAGGGAAGGCCACCCUUGAUAACAGCCCAGUCAAGAUUUUGGUUUUUAAAAUAGCUUUUUCAGCCUGCUUAAAACCCAGAACUGGUGUGCGUUUAGCUUGUUCAGUAAGUUGUAGCUUCUCUACUCCCCAGCAAAGACCUAAAUAACAGAGAAUUAUAGUGAUGCCUUUAACAUGCUAAGAUUUUAUUUUUGCAAAAUAUGCAACUCAUACAGUAUUAUAACUACAUAUAAUUACAACAAAAGUUGAGUUUUCUACGUCCUGAAUGGUGAGUACUGUCCUAGAAGAUGUGUGGGUCUCAGAACAUCUCUAAUUGACCUUUCACUUUUCAUUAAACAAUGUUUAUAAUACAUUCAUUUGAAAGAUAUAAUGCAAUCCAAAUUCUCCACUAGGUAGGAGGAGGAGUGCCACUGUAAGUACAAGCAUAAGGUUUGCAUUUUGAGAUUAUGCUUGCUCAUGAUGAGCCAGGUCUUCGUGUGGUACAAAUUGACUUGGGUCCAUUGAAAUCACUGAUGGGGAAUCUGAUCUUGUAUACUCGCUCUAAGCUUAAAUUAAAUACAGUUACUGUUUCUUAUCCCAGCAUACAUUCUGUCACCUCCUUUUUUCCCCAUGUGAUUAAUAGAUUAAUAUAACUCGACAAAGGUACUUUGACCAACGUGAUUCCUAGAUUGUAAGGGGCUGGAAGGGACCUCGCAAGAUCAUGAGGUCCAGACACCCUGCACUAAUGAGGAAAGACAACUGGGGUCAGGUGACCCAAGCAAGUUCUUAUUAGACAAUGUCAACUGGAAGAGUACGGGCAAAAAAAAAGGCAUCGUCUGUGGAUCAGUCUCCAGAUAGCCUUCCUUUGCGGAGCUCUGGGAGACAGGUGAAGAAGAAGGCAGCUGAAACAGCAGAUGACGAUGAUGAAGCAACAUCGGAGAAGAAGUACAGAAAGUGUGAAAAAGCUGGUUGUACUGCAACGUGUCCUGUUUGCUUCGCAAGUGCUGCCGAAAGGUGUGCUAAAAAUGGGUACACAUCUAGAUGGUAUCAUCUCUCCUGUGGGGAACACUUCUGCAAUGAGUGUUUUGAUUAUUAUUAUCGAAGCCAUAAAGAUGGUUAUGAGAAAUACACUGCUUGGAAAAGGAUUUGGACCAGUAAUGGUAAAAGUGAGCCCAGUCCUAAAGCUUUCAUGGCUGAUCAACAGCUUCCUUAUUGGGUACAAUGCACCAAGCCAGCAUGUGGGAAGUGGCGUCAGCUGACAAAGGAAAUCCAGCUCACUUCACAAAUAGCCAAAACAUACCGCUGUGGUAUGAAACUUAGCAAUUCUACCAAGACUGAGGGCUCAGACCAGUGUUCCAUGCCUGAAGAUUUGAGAGUUGCUGAAGUCUCAGACCACUGGUGGUACUCCAUGCUCAUUCUCCCUCCCUUGCUGAAAGACAGUGUAGCAGCUCCCUUUCUCGCUGCAUACUAUCCAGAUUGUGUGGGCAUGAGUCCAUCCUGUACCAGCACUAACCGAUUACUGGGUGAAUCCAACACUGUGAAGUUAGAGCAUUUAAAGAGCAUGCCUAAUUUGGCUGUUUCAGGGUUGAACAAAUACUUCCAGCCUUUUUACCAGCCCAAUGAAUGUGGUAAAGCACUCUGUGUGAGACCAGAUGUCAUGGAACUAGAUGAACUCUAUGAGUUCCCAGAAUAUUCAAGAGACCCUACUAUGUACCUGGCCUUAAGAAACCUCAUUCUGGCUCUGUGGUAUACAAACUGCAAAGAAGCUCUCACUCCUCAGAAAUGUACACAUCACAUCAUUGUUCGGGGGCUUGUGCGUAUUCGCUGUGUACAAGAGACAGAGAGGAUUCUGUACUUUAUGACAAGAAAAGGGCUGAUUAAUACAGGGAUUUUAUCAGUCAGUCCUGACCAGUAUCUUCUUCCCAAAGAAUACCACAAUAAAUCUGUCAUUAUUGUUGGAUCUGGUGCAGCAGGGUUAGCAGCUGCAAAACAGCUUCACAAUUUUGGAAUUAAGGUCAUCAUACUAGAAGCUAAAGAGAGAAUCGGUGGCCGAGUGUGGGAUGAUAAAACUUUCAAAGGAAUCACUGUCGGAAGGGGAGCACAGAUUGUCAAUGGAUGCGUCAACAACCCAGUAGCACUAAUGUGUGAGCAACUUGGCAUUAAAAUGCACAGACUUGGGGAGAGAUGUGAUUUGAUCCAGGAAGGUGGACGAAUAACCGAUCCCACUAUAGAUAAGCGCAUGGACUUCCAUUUCAAUGCCAUCUUGGAUGUUGUCUCUGAGUGGAGAAAGGAUAAGAGCCAGCAUCAUGAUGUCCCUCUUGGUGAGAAGAUACAGGAGAUCUACAAAGCCUUUAUUCAGGAGUCUGGUAUCCAGUUCAGUGAGCUGGAGGAAAAGGUACUACAGUUCCAUCUCAGUAACCUGGAAUAUGCCUGUGGCAGCAACCUCUCUCUGGUAUCUGCACGCUCAUGGGACCACAAUGAAUUUUUCGCCCAGUUUGCUGGAGAUCACACCCUUUUAACAGUGGGAUACUCUACUGUGUUAGAUAAACUGGCUGAAGGUGUGGACAUUCGGCUUAAUUUUCCGGUACGCAACAUUGACUAUUCUGGAGAAGAAGUCCAGGUCACAACAACAGAUGGAACUAUGUGGGCAGCACAAAAGGUUUUAGUUACUGUACCACUAGCGCUUCUUCAAAAAAACACUAUUCAGUUUAAUCCUCCACUGCCAGAGAAAAAAAUUAAAGCCAUUAACAGUUUAGGAGCAGGAGUCAUUGAGAAGAUUGCUUUACAGUUUCCUUACCGAUUUUGGGACAGCAAAAUUCAAGGAGCUGAUUUUUUUGGUCACGUUCCACCUAGUUCCAGCCAGCGUGGACUAUUUAGUGUCUUUUAUGACAUGGAUCCACAGGGGAAAUACAGUGUUUUAAUGUCAGUGGUUACUGGAGAUGCUGUCACAACCAUUAAGAAUUUAGAUGAUAAACAAGUAUUACAGCAAUGCAUGACUGUACUUCGAGAGCUGUUUAAGGAGCAGGAAGUUCCUGAUCCAGUAAAAUUCUUUGUUACACGAUGGAGCCAAGACCCCUGGACCCAGAUGGCAUACAGUUUUGUAAAGACAGGUGGCAGUGGGGAGGCUUAUGACAUUCUAGCUGAAGAUGUACAAGGAAAAAUCUUCUUUGCUGGUGAGAACUGACUCACCACUUCUCCACUGGCCACAAACAGGCACUUUCCCCAGACCGUUACAGGAGCCUAUUUGAGCGGCGUUCGAGAAGCAAGCAAAAUAGCAGCAUUUUGAAUAGUGGCAUUUUGUUUCCAUAGAUAUUUUUUUAUCGUUUUCUGUGGGUAAGACUAUCUUCAAUUUUCCUAUUUGCUACUUUGCUAAGUGGUACUUAAACAGUGUACGGUACCUGAAUAUAAAUUCAUCUUUCUUCUUUUCUCUUUCUUUUCUCCCUUUUAAACCCUGAGGAUACAAGUACUUGUUUUCUUAACUAAAACGUUUGUUAUAACUUAUUAGUCUGCACUAGCAUUCAAGUCUCUUGGCCUCUUUGGCCCUCAGAGAUUUACUAACAACCUUCUAGGUGAACUGUUUUUUUCAUGGUUCAACUCUUACUGUUGUAGAACCAAACUUCAGGUCAGGACAAGAGGGCUUUUAGUCACUAUACAGUAUUAAAACAUGCUUGCAGACUUACAGGUGGGGAUGAUGGGACCCUUCAAUUCAUUUUCUUCUCAGGUAUUCAUACUCAUUCCCAAGCACUUGAAUAAACUGGCCAAAUUGUGGAAUGACAAUGGUUAUGAGUAUAAGAAGGAACAAACAGAAAUAUCUCCCCACCUGCAACAAAAAACCCCCUCUUUUGCUAUUUUUUCAGUGACCUUACUUUCUACCAGUCAGGUUUUAGAAUCUGAAGUUUGUUCCUUUAAACUGCUGGAACAGUAUACAGUGCAAUUACAGGAGGGUUAUUGGAGCCAAGAUAAUUUUUUAGAAGAAAUAAAAAUAUUAAACUUUUUACAUUAUUGUAAAAAUGUCUCUAAAUUUUUUUCCCUCCUACAUAUUCAGAGGAAAAAUACCUUUAAAAGAAUCCUCUUUACAAUAGGGUUAAUUUGAGAUUUGCUCAGUGGAAGUAGAGUAGGGGAAAAAAGUUUUAUAAUUCUGUUGUUGUUUGAACAGUGAAUCUCCAAAUUCAUUUGAGAUGUGUAGAUAAGUCAUUUAUAUGUGUAAUUAUGAAAGCAUAGCAAGGAAUGAAGAUGGGACUAUAAGUUCAAAUUUCUUAGUGGCUCAUUCAGCUUU